AAUGCUUUCGAUUCUGCUAUCAUUGGAGGUCUUCCAAGUCGUGUAUACCCUCUCCCCGUCUAAGCGGGGGCUAUCGCCAUACCCCUAGUGUGGCUUUAGUCAGUUUCAAUGCAUCCCAUUCCGGCUAGUGGUGGAAGUCGUGUAAGGUGCCUUUUCUUUCUCCUGAGUUCUUCGAAGUGGUCCAUUCCUAACAAGUGGUUCAAUUUCAAUCGGUGAAGCUAACUUUUCCUUUAGGUUUUUUAACCGGAGAAAUUCCUGAUUUUGCUUUAUUGCUUGAGCGAGUGAAUGCUUUUCCGGGUGUGGGACCAUUGGCCUAGGCUUUCUUUCUUGUUCUAAGUUGAACUCCUUUUUGCUGGCUGCACUACUGACUACUGGUAGAACGAUAGCGGAAUAGCGGACUAAAAGACGAUCGGGAAUGCUUUCCCAAUGCACGGAUAACCUGAAGCUUCUGACGAUUCUGACUGAGACCUCGGUGAGGAGACUGAGUCCCCUUCUGCCGGAUCCAGACUCCGACUCCUUUGGGGAGAAUUUUGAAUAUGGAUCAAUUGAGGCUCCUAACUUGGAAUUCUUGAAGGAUGCAGGAUCACUUCCUUCCUUGCUGGGAGCGGUUUAUCCCGGGCUAUCUAUCUUAUGGGAAGAUUUCUCUCUUUCAAACAAAGACGAUACUGAACGAGCUCCUCUGUUGCGCCGUACUGCUUGCUGUGAAAGCUAUUCGGAUGGCGCGAGGUACGCUUUGCUUUCUUGUUGUGUGAAAGUGCUUGAGCGACCGUUGGGAAAGGUUUUGAGCCUGAUGAUUGGGAAGGCAGCUGAGUCGUCCGUCUGAUCUUAGAAAUUGCGUUAUUAAGGUCCCAUCCGUCGUAAGCCUGACAUGGCAUUCUAGCGAGUUUGAAGUUCUAUUCUUCGUUUCAUGUGGUUCCACGGUAGGGCUUAUUAGUACCGUGUGCUUGUGCAGAUGAAGCUUUUGUUGAUUUAUUCCAAACAGGAAAGGUAGGUUCUUCCUUC